UGCGGCCACUUGGGCCUUAGAUAUGGACCACCCAGCAGGUCAGGCAAACAUGACUCCCGUAGGCCGCAAUUCUGCCUGACAGGUUGAUACAUCUGUUUCGACCCAAUGGUGGACGCUAGGUACGGCUUCACUAUGUUCCAUGGUACUUGGGUAUGUCUGCCUCUGUCUACGGCCUGCUAUGUCACUUGGGUGCUAUCGGGGAUGGACGGGCGGGCAGUAUGGGCGCGGAGCAAGCAGUUUGUCCAGGUAUGGCACGAGAUUCAGUCAGAGUGGGAUCGUCUCUGUGCCGACGUGGGGGGGCUCCUACAGCGCUCGGACUGGAUCCGUUUCUGUCAGUGCUUCUCUGGUGGCCUCGUCCAUCUCACCCCAGCUGUGGAGAAGACGCGAUUCAUAUGCGUCCAGAGCCAGCAGGUCAGAGCCGGUCACGGCGGGUUAUUCGGAAUCAGGUACUCUGCGCCUGGCCUCGCCGACAGUCCGGUUUCCCUUGGUGCGGACAAGGGGAGGAAGGCUAUUACGUCAGCCCAUUUUGACCGAUACUUGCUGUGGGCUAGUGCGACUAUAGCGAG